AUGGCUGCCUCCUCUGUGGCAGCAAGUGAGCUGCUAAAUAACAUGAAGAAACACAUAUUGCAUCCAAAGCUUUCGAGUGUGGUCAGAGGAAUAAUCACACGAAGCUGUCGACAUUACAGUCAAGCGCAGCCGAGAGCAAAAAGUGCUCCUGAGCAGCUGGUUGGAGUGGUUGGCUUAGAAAUUCACUCUCAGAUUCACUCCAACACCAAGCUGUUCUCUGGCUCUUCGGUUCGUUUCUCAGCACCCCCAAACUCCCUGGUGUCAUUCUUUGAUGCGUCCUUACCUGGCACAUUACCUGUCCUCAACAGACGAUGCGUGGAGGCAGCAGUGAUGACAGGACUUGCCCUCAACUGCACCAUAAACAAGAAGUCACUUUUUGACAGGAAACACUACUUCUAUGCGGAUCUCCCUGCUGGAUACCAGAUCACCCAACUACGGAGGCCCAUUGCAGUAGAUGGCAUGCUGACUUACAGCCUCCUUGGAGGGAAAAAGAGGAACCAGGUGAUGAGAAAAAAGGUCCACAUCAAACAGAUUCAGCUGGAGCAGGACAGUGGCAAGAGUCUCCAUGAUGACAUCCGCAGCCAGACACUCAUAGACCUCAACAGAGCAGGUGUAGGUCUAAUGGAGCUGGUGAUGGAGCCAGACAUGAGCUGUGGAGAGGAGGCUGCAGCAGCUGUCAGAGAGCUUCAGCUUAUCCUGCAAGCCCUGGGCACCUGUCAAGGCAACAUGUCUGAGGGCCAGCUGAGGGUAGACGCCAAUGUUUCCGUGCACAGACCAGAUGAUCCGCUUGGCAUCAGGACAGAGGUGAAGAACAUCAACAGUGUCCGAUUUUUGGCCAGGGCUAUAGACUAUGAGAUCCAGAGACAGAUCGAUGUCCUGCAGAGAGGAGGAAAAGUGCUAAAUGAGACCCGGGCGUAUGAUUCGAAAUCAGGGGAGACUGUUCCUAUGAGGGACAAGGAGGGUCUUCAGGACUACAGGUUUAUGCCGGAGCCCAACCUGCCCCCUCUGAUUGUGUACGAGGAUAACGCGUCGCUGCCCACUGGCACUGAUGCGUGCCAGGCGGUGGUGGUGCAGAAGAUAAGGGAAGGGCUGCCAGAGCUACCCAGUGUCAAACGAGACAGGCUGGUGCAGACGUACGGCAUCCUGCCCGAGCACAGCUUCACUCUGGUGAAUGAGGAUGGGCUUGUGGAGUACUUUGAGGCAGUGUUGAAGGCAACCAAGAAAGAGCCACGAAAGGUGAUUGGCUGGGUGACAAAUGAGCUGUUGGGUCACCUCAAACAACAAGAUAUGAGUGUGAGCCAGAGCCCAGUCUCUCCUCCAGCCCUCGCCGAACUGCUGGAUCUCCAGGAAAUGGGACACAUCUCCUCUUCGGUUGCCAAGCAGGUGUUCCAGGAGAUGUGGAGGUCAUCAGGCAAGACGGCCCCACAGAUCAUCCACGAGCAGGACUUGGGACUUGUUAGUGACACUGCACAGCUGCACAGCAUCUGCCAGAACAUAGUGGAUUCACAUCCUGAUGAGGUUCAAGCCAUCAGAAAUGGGAACAAGAAGGUUCUGAACAAGCUGAUGGGACUGGUUCAGAAAGAAACCAAAGGCCGAGCUGAUCCAGUUCUGGUGCGGACGAUUCUGCAGGAAAAGACAUCAUGAAUGUCGGGCUGGUCUUAGAGACCCAGCCACAUCACAGACUGAGAGUCGAAUUAUGACAUGUUAUGAACAACAAGAGACAAGUUGCUGGUGUUUUCUGUGUGAAAAUGCAGAUAUUCAGAGUAAUCAUGUCAUAUAAAUGAUACUUGGUCUUCUGUGAGCUGAUAAAAAAAUCGACCAUCUGUACUCUCUGAGAUUAACAUUCUGUAAAAACUGUAAAAUGUGUUCACUGGACAACAGCUGUUAUCUGUA